AUGGGCAAGUGCUUCAAGUGCAACUAUCCAAGUCAUAGAUCUAGUGAUUGUACCUAUAGGAAGAUUAAUUUUGUGGAAGAUUAUGAAGUGAAUGGAAAUAAUGAUGGAUGUAUUUAUGGUCCUGAUGGAGAAGAUGAUUAUGACUCUAAUGAUGAUCAUGGAACUUAUGUGGUGACAAAGAUGUUGCUGGCGCCAAAAGUCGAGGAUGAAAAUCAAACAUGCAAAUUCUUCCGUACGAGAUGCAACAUUGAUGGUGAAAUUUUCUCCUUGAUUAUUGACAAUGAAGUACCAGAGGAGAUAUACUUGGAUCUGAAGCAAAAUGACUACACUAAGCUUCACAAGCUGUGGAUGAAAAUGAAGAUGAUUGAAUCAGAGUUUGCGGAAAAGUAUGGGGCAGUGGUGCAGCUUAUGAAAGUGAAGUUUAUCCCUGCCACUUAUGGUCUGAAUAGCGUCAACAUCGUCUAUGGGGAAGAGAACUCCAAGCUGGAAGCCCAAGAACUGCGGAAAACCCUCACACAGAUGACCUUUGUCAGGAAGGGUGGUAGAGAUACGAGAGUGACACCCGAAUACCCAGAUUGGCAUUGGAUGAGAGUAAAGGACAUAAAGGUGCUUCCCCCUACUAAUCUUGAAGCUGCAGUGGGAGAAGAGAUGGAUGACAUAGUUAUGAAGCUAACAAUGCAGUUGGAAAGGGAGAGGGAUGGUACUGAAGCCCAGAGGAUAGCAGAGGUUAACUGGCAGUUAAUGUUGAGGAUAGAGGAAGCGGAGAAAAGGGCUGAGGAAAUGAGCGCCAAAUGCAGAGAAGUAGAAGAAGAGGCCAAAGAUCAGAUCAAGAUUGGGCUGCUCCAGGUAGAGUACAUCAGGGAUCAAGCUAAAGAUGUGCUGCCAUGCCUAGCCCCAUUCGGUCAGCGCCUCCAGCCAAUAGUCGAUGCCUUGGAAGACACUAUCAGCAAAUGCGAUGAAACCCUUCAGACAAUUUCCCCUGGAAGCUCAGGAACUGCAGAGACUACUGAAACCGAGAAUGUGCCAUCCACGGGGAUAACAGUAAGCAUAACUCAAGUCAACGUGCCCAUCCUGUCAUCAAGUCAAAUCGACUUGCCCAUCCCCCUCGAGGUAGUCUCCCAUUACCCACAAUGGGAAGGAGCAACUUGCCUCCAGGGCAAGGAAGUCCCGGUAGACUUUAAAGCCGAGGAUGACCUAAGGAAACUGAUUGAGGAGUCCACUGAGAAGCUAUGGGGAAGAAUAGAAGAGAAGUUCAAAGGAAUCGGUGGUCAGCAGACAUACUUCAAGGGAGUAGACAAGGUAGCACUGGUCACAGAUUUGGUAUUGCCCGCAAAGUUUAAGGUUCCUGAGUUCGAGAAGUUCGAUGGAACGAAAUCACCAGAAGACCAUGUCAAUACUUAUGUACGGCAGAUGCAGCCUUAUUGCUCGGAUGACAUGCUCAUGCACCACUUUCAGAGAAGUCUUGCUGGUUCAUCUUUCAAGUGGUACAACAGGAUAGACCCUAGCCAAGUUAAAACAUGGAAUGAUAUGGCUAAUGCUUUCAUAGCGCAGUACCGGCAUAUUGAUGAAUUGGCUCCCACUCGAGAGACGCUACACAGCAUGAAGAGAAAGCCAGGAGAAACCAUUAAAGAAUAUGGCCAGCGUUUCAAGGAUAUGGCACUAGAAGUGGACCCGUUGAUGAAAGACACUGAAGUGGGCAACAUUCUCUUGAAGACCCUGCCAAAGGAAUACUUCCGUGAACUUUACCAAGCAGCAACGAAUUCUUUCACCAGACUAACCAUAGCCAGGGAAGCUUAUGAAUCAGGACUCAGAGCCGGGGUGUUUGAAGAAGCUGAAAAGAAAGGACACGCAAAGAAGAAGGAGGGAGAUACACAUGAGGAGCAGAAGGGCACGCGACUGAAGACUGCUGAAAUUGAUGUAUGUAGUCCAGGAUCUGGUCAAGAGCGGCAAGUUGCAUUUUGGAAACACAGUUCCGGCCACACAGGGCCAAAGCCAAGGAAAUGCCCAGGUGACUAUGGUAGGGAAGGGAGAGGUCCUAAGGAAGAGGAUAGUCAAGUCCCUUGGAAAUACGAUUGUAGCUAUACUAUGCAACAACGUGACGGAGGCUUAGCAAAUAUCACUGGGGUAGGAGGAAUGACCAGGAGUGGGAGGAUUUAUUCCCCUGAAGACAAAGGAAAAAGCAUCCCCUCAGAGAAGGUCGGUGAAAAGGAUCAAUCACCAUCACCGGGGGAAGGAAAGGAGGAAGUAGUUGGGAAAGUCAGUGAUCUGGAUCGAGUGGUUGGAAACAUAGCUGCAGAAGGUUUCAUAACUUUCUCUGAAAUAGAAAUCCUAGAAGGAGGAAGGAAAGGGAUCAAGGCGCUCCAUAUAACAGUAAAAUGCGAGAACAUGGGUAUGGGAAGAGUACUUAUUGACAAUGGCUCAACACUGAACAUCAUGCCGUUGAACACUCUGAAAGCUUUGCCGGUAGAGCCCACUUAUAUUCAUACCAAUCACAUGGUGGUCAGGGCUUUUGACGGAACCAGAAGAGAUGUCAUCGGAGAGUUAGAGAUUUGCUUGGAGAUAGGACCAAUUCCCAUUAAGCUGAUGUUCCAGGUGUUGGACAUUGACCCCUCUUACUCUUGCCUGCUGGAGAGGCCAUGGAUUUACAUGGCAGGAGCAAUACCUUCUACCUUACAUCAGAAGGUCAAGUUUAUGACCGCAGAUAAGUUGGUGAUAGUGAAUGGUCAAGAGGAUAUGAUAGUAACCCAGACAAGCGCCACUCCAUAUGUUGAAGCUGUUGAACGGUCCUAUGAAUGCUCUUUCCGAGCUUUCGAGGUCGAUCAUUUUAAGAAACCAAAGGAAGGUACAGUUAUGGCAGUACAAGUGAUGAAGAAAUACAGCUGGAAGGAAGGUCAAGAUCAUCAGAUGUUGGCUGAUGCAAGGAAAAUGAGAAGAGCUGAAAGGUUAGGUAUACCCUUUCGAAAAGAGGUGAAGAUGGAGAUACCGCCUUUAUCACAAACCUUUAGAUCAGCUGGAUGGGUUAAUGGGAAGAAGAGUCAGCAUGAGCAGGACAAGGAAGAUGUUUUUCAGAAGAUAGCUGAGCUCACCAUCAAUACAAUCACAGAGGAAGCAGCAAAACCAUCUUCAUGGAUCUACCCUUUGGCUGCAGGAGAAGAAGUUGGCAACUGGAGACUUUUGAAUGCGCCGCUGCGAUGGCUGAAAGUUCAAUGCCCACAUUCUAGUCUCAUGCCAAACAGUGAUGAAUGCAAAGAUGCUUCAGACAAGCCAGGAUUUAACUUUGAGAGGCCUAUCUGUACUGAUAAGUUAGACGAUGAAGACAUUGAGGAUCAAACCCUACUAUCAGAUCUCUUGAGAAUAGUUGAACCAGACGAGCAACAAAUUGUACCGCACAAAGAGCUUACUGAAUUGAUUAACUUGGGAAUAGAGGAAGCUCCUAAAGAAGUUAAGAUCGGUUUGGAUCCAGAAAUAGCAGUUCAUCGGUUACCCACUAAAGCAGAUAUGAGGCCAGUGCAACAAAAAUUGAGAAAGAUGAAGCCAGAUAUGUUGUUGAAAAUAAAAGAGGAACUAGAAAUCAGUUCAAUGCUGGGUUUCUUCCAGAAGCCAAAUACCCUGAAUGGGUAUAAUCAAAUCAAAAUGGCGCCCGAAGACAUGGAAAAGACUGCAUUCGUAACUGCUUGGGGAGUCUUUUACUACAGGGUUAUGCCCUUCGGACUAAAAAAUGCUGGGGCAACCUACCAGAGGGUCAUGGUUGCGCUAUUCCAUGAUAUGAUGCAUAAAGAAAUAGAGGUGUAUGUGGAUGAUAUGAUUGCCAAGGCUAGGACGCCGAAAGAACAUAAGGAGAAUUUGAGGAAGUUGUUUGAAAGGCUAAGAGAAGUCCAACUCAAGUUAAACCCUAAUAAGUGUACAUUCGGGGCAAUAUCAGGAAAGCUGCUAGGGUUUGUUGUAAGUAAGAAGGGGAUAGAAGUAGAUCCCGACAAGAUCCAAGCUAUACAGGGGUUGCCCCCACCACAAACUCAAAAAGAAGUAAAAGGUUUCUUGGGUCGCUUGAACUAUAUAGGCCGUUUAAUUUCACAAUUAACAGCUAAGUGUGACCCAAUCUUCAAAUUGCUUUGGAAAAAGAACCCUGGAGAACGGAAUGAGGAAUGUCAGGCAGAUUUUGAGAAAAUUAAAGAGUAUCUGAAAGCAAUCAAGGGAAGUGCCAUAGCAGACUUCCUAGCGGAUCGGGCGACAGAAGAGUACGAACCGGUGAAUUUUAAGUUUCCGGAUGAAGACCUGAUGACAAUCUCUCAUGUCGAAGAAGUUGAGAAGACUGAGAAAAAAUGGAAAGUAUAUUUUGAUGGGGCUUCGAAUUUGUCUGGCCAGGGUAUCGGGGCAGUACUGGUGUCUGCUAAAGAAGACUGUUAUCCGGCCACUGCCAGACUGAAAUUUCUAGCAACUAAUAAUGUGGCAGAAUAUGAGGCUUGUGUCCUAGGAAUCCAGUUGGCAUUAGAAAGGAAAGUAAAAAGGGUAGAAAUAUAUGGGGACUCAGCCUUGCAAGUAUACUUGGAACAUGCCACUGAGGUUGAUAAGAGAACACUUAGGAGGAUGGUCGCAAGAUAUUUUUUGAGCGGAGAAACGCUAUAUAAGAAAGGACGGGAUGGAACCCUAAUGAGAUGUGUGGAAUCGGCAGAAGCCCGAAAAAUUUUCGAAGAAGUCCACCGAGGACCCUAUGGGAGUCAUGCCAGUGGACAAAGGAUGGCUAGGCAGAUAAUGAGAACAGGAUACUAUUGGCUGACAUUGGAACCAGAGUGCAUUGGCCAUGUGAGGAAAUGCCACAAAUGCCAAGAAUACGACGAUUACAUACAUAUACCUCCAAAUCCCCUACAUGUUAUGACCUCCCCAUUGCCAUUCUCCAUGUGGGGCAUAGAUGUCAUUGGAAUGAUUACCCCUAAAGCGUCAAAUGGACACCAAUUCAUCCUAGUGACAAUAGAUUACUUCACUAAAUGGAUGGAGGCUGCUUCUUACCCAAGUGUCACACAAGCAGUGGUGGCUCGGUUCAUCAAGAGAGAGAUCAUUUGUAGGUAUGGGUUACCUAAGAGAAUUAUUACUGAUAAUGCUUCCAAUCUAAACCGAGGGUUGAUUGAAGUGACGUGCAAACAAUUCAAGAUUGCUCACAGCAAUUCAACCACAUACAGGCCUAAAAUGAACGGGAUAGUUGAAGCAGCAAACAAGAACAUCAAGAAGAUCAUAGAGAAAAUGACAGUGACGUAUCGGGACUGGCACGAGAAAUUACCUUUCGCCCUCCACGCUUAUCGUGUCAGAACGUCCACCGGGGCAACCCCUUAUUCUUUGGUAUAUGUGAUGGAGGCAAUAGUGCCAAUAGAAGUAGAAAUCCCUUCAUUAAGGGUGUACCCAGAGCUAAAACUGGAGGAGGAUGAAUGGGUACAGGAAAGGAUUGAUCAACUGAAUCUGAUUGAUGAGAAGAGGGUUGCGACUAUCUGUCACGGCCAGUUGUAUCAGAAAAGGAUGGAAAGGGCAUAUAACAAAAAGUGCGCCCCAGACAGUUCAAAGAGGGGGAUUUGGUACUAA